AACGUAGCUGGCUGUGGGGGGCAAGGCGGCUGUGGGUCUCCUGCCGCGGAAUGGCGGGAAGCUGGUCGGUUUGCCGCCGCGCACUGAGCCUGCGGGCGGUGUCCGGUAACCACUAUGGUCAACCUCAAAUUGCCCAAGGAGCCUUCCUUAAGAAACAUAAAACCCAGUUAAAAUGUAGUAUAAUUGGUGGUUUUCCUGAAAUGAGGAACAACAUUUUGCUCACAGAACAACCUUACAGUACUUUGCAAUCAACAGUGGACCCAAAAGAGAUAAGAAAAUUCCAACUAUUGGCACAUAAAUGGUGGGAUGAGCAUGGACAAUAUGCAGCCCUUCACUCUAUGAAUGAUAUUAGAGUGCCUUUCAUUAGAGAUACUGUUUUAAAUAUACGAAAUGACCAUCAGUUAGGAAGCCCUCUCUCUGGAAUGAAGAUCCUGGAUGUUGGCUGUGGUGGUGGAUUUCUUGCUGAGCCUCUAGGUAGACUGGGAGCUUCAGUUACUGGAAUCGAUCCUCUGGAGGACCACAUUAGAACCGCGGAACUGCAUAAAUCAUUUGAUCCAGUGCUGGAUAAGAGGAUACAGUACAGAAAUUGUACACUGGAGGAUAUUGUGGAAGAGGCAUCAGAAACAUUUGAUGUCAUUGUAGCUUCGGAAGUAGUAGAACACGUGGCUGAUGUGGAAAUGUUUAUCAGGUGCUGUAGUGAAGUGUUAAAUCCUGAAGGCUCUCUAUUUAUUACUACAAUCAACAAAUCGCAGUUGUCCUAUAUUUUGGGCAUUUUAGUUGCUGAGAGAGUACUGAACAUUGUUCCGGCAGGCAUCCAUGACUGGGAAAAGUUCAUAGCUCCAGAAGAGCUGGAGCGGCUCCUAGAAUCAAAUGGCUUUUUAGUGAAGACAGUGAAAGGAAUGUUAUACAAUCCCCUCUUUAGAGCUUGGCGCUGGAUUGGAAGCACUAGCAUCAACUAUGCACUCCAUGCUGUGAAAUCAAGUAUUCAAGAACAGUUAGAUCCAAAGGAAGCAUCUGUAGAGAUGGGCGAAGAGCAGCUCCAGUCAGACACUGGCAUCAGAACUGCCAGUUAAGACAUGAUGGCUAAAGUAGCAGUAGGCAGUCGCAGGGGAGAGAGAGAGAGAGAGAGAGUGGCAUAAAUGGCUGUAAUAAACCAGUAAGGAACAAGCAGCCUCAUCUUCACAGUUCUGGAUGUUAAAAUGUGUCUGCCAGUCUCGGUCUUGUGGUGGAAGAAUUGUUCAUUCUCCACAGUGUCAGAUGUGCAAAGCUCCCGAAGAUGAGUGAUCUUGAAUAAGUGAAUUGUAUAUCUAAAGACUAGGUUUCUGUGCAUGUUAUUGGGAAAGGACUGGUUCUUUGUGAAAUAGUUCUUAAAAUGCAUGCCUCUGAGAUUCCAAAGAAUAAUUAUUGUGUUAGGCUUUUUAGAGUUACUGGUUUAAAAUGCAACACUUUGUAUUUCUAAAGUAGCUGAAUUGCUUUUAUUAUUCAAAUUCAGCUGCUUUCCUAUUUUUAAAUUUUAAAAACACACAACUCUGCUUAUUUCCUGGUUGCUUGGAUAUAAUCUUAACGGUGGUAUUAGAGAUACAGUGGCCUGAUUCAGACAACACGCUAAACCAUGCUGCUUAACCACAAAAUGGUUAAUGGAAUGCAUUCCGUUAACCAUUUUGUGGUUAAGCAGCAUGGUUCAGCGUGUUGUCUGAACCAGGCCAGUCAAUAGCAGCAAAACUCACUUCAGUGUAAAGACCAGUUCUUAGAGUAUAGGAGCUGCUGUUCAAGAUAUGGGUGAGCACUUAAUAUACUCUUCCUACAUGGAACUGCAGGGCAAGGAAAUGGGUACAUCAUCUUGUUGUAAAAUAGAGCCAUACGUUCUUCAUAUCUGACAGUGUACCUUAUCUUUCUCUCUACAGAAAUGUUAGAAAAUGUCUUGUGUUAAGUGGCCUUUGGUCUUGGUUCUAACUGCUUCAAUUGGUAUCUAUACCUUUAUGGGUGGGAGGUGAUGAUAAGAUGUUAAGUGACAGCAAUCUGGAAGCCUUUACUGAAGGGAAAUGGUCAAAGCUUGCCUACAUUCUUGUAGGGGGAACACAAGACUCUGGUCAGCCUGCCUGCCUGGUCAAUCUUGCAUCUGUCACUUCAAUGAUACCUUAACACUAUCAGCAGAUUGGACUCACUGGCCCUUCUCUUUUGACCUCAGUAUUGUAUCCAGGCUCAAAUUAAGUCUUUUUGUCCAAUCAUCUGACAAAAUGGCAGGGGAAAGUACUUUAUCUGAUGUUGAUAUUACCUACCUUAAAGAACCUUGCACAGGAAGACGUACUUUGAAAAGGCAAUGUAAAUCUCGUUUCUCUUUCUUAUAAAGGCAAUAGUUAAAAAUAAACUGCUGGCUUUAAAAAAUGGGAAUAGCUGAGACUGCUCCCUUACUAUUGUAAUAAGGGGUGGGUGGGGACAGGACUCAUAUAGCUCUGCGCCAAAGCAUGAAGAUCUAAAGUCUGCCCUGCACCUAUUAAGAUCUUCAGAAGCAAGCCACAAAUGCUUUUUGCUAAAACAGCUCCUACCACCCUUUUGGAACAAUGAAGAAUAAUUCCAUUAAAUAUUACUAUCAAUAUUUUAUGUGAGGUUGUGAUAGCACCAUUGGUGCCUAAUAAUCAGUGUAAUAGAAAAUGUUUUCCCUAUCCAUGCUUAGGCAAUGAAGGCACUUGUCAAUAGAAGCUUGCAUGAAGAAAUUGUUUUCCAGAUUUGUAGCCAUAAAGGGAUGGGAUAAUUCUCUGAACUUCACUAAGUUACUGCAUUGUUCUCAGUGAAUGAAGGCUCCUGUCCUGAAGCAUUCUGUUGUAGUCCAUAUAGCUGAAGGUCUGCAUUUAAAGGACUUGUUCCUUGCCAGUUGCAGUAACUAUGAUUCCUGCUAAUUGUAAGGCAAAGACUUUGCUAUAUUUGCAGUAGCUUUUUAAUACCUGUGUUAACCAGGCUCCAGGAACACAGUGCUUAUGCUAUCAGCAGUAAGUGCAAGGGGCCAUCAAGAGGACCAGGGCCAACAUAUCACAGGUUCUUGUCUAAGCAGAUUAGAUUCAAAGAAGAACUACUCUUCCAUAAUGACACAAAUCUCCCCCAGUUCUUUUAACCAAGAGUAGGGAGGAAAAAGUCAUUGCUAUCCUGCUAUGCUUUUCUCAAGUUGAACCCUGGCCCAGGAAAUAUUUUGUCUCUAGGAUUCCUGUGUCCUAGAAGCUGAUUCAGCCAAUUAAUCAAGUUUGGAAAAAGAAAUAAUGCAAUGGCUCAAAGGGAGUAGACUAUUACCCUCCACUGACUUUCCCAGGAGGUCAAAAUAAAAUCCACCCCAGUUAUCCAAUGAAUUAAAGUGGAAAAACUUUCCUUGGAAUUAAAGGAUUGAAAGAGGACAUUAAGGCCUUUCUGUCUAAGUGCCACAUCAAUGUUUUUUGUCUUUAGAAUGGUUAGUUGCGUGCCUUCAGUGGUAAAAGUAAUAUCUAGAUUCCCCUGCUAAGAUAAUGUUUAGAGAGAAGCAAAGAUCAGGGAAAGGUGGGUUAUCUUAAGGUAGGUGUGUGUGUGAGCGUGAGCUCAUGGGAGGGGCACUGAUUUCAAAAGUUACGGAAAUUGGCAUAAUUCAUUUGGGCCUUUUGUAUGAGCAACUCUUUGCUUUUCAAUCUUACUGCUGCUAUGGUGAGCAUUUUGUGUGUGUUUUCCUAUAUGAAAGUGGAUUACACAAAAUCCCUACAAUACCCCUAUUGUAGUUUGGCUGAGAAAAGUCCAAGUGCUCUGGCACAAGUUUAUGCACUGGAAUAAUCAAUGGCCCAUGGAGUCCAACCCUCUUGAUACAAUGCAGGACUACUCGCAUAUCACAGAGCUCCCAAAUUCAGGCCAUGUUCUGAUCCAGCUGUUGUAUCCUGUUAACAGCUAUUCAUUGAUAUAAUCUAAUUUGGUACGCCACAGUAAACAGCCAAUUAGCUUUGUUACCACUGAUGAACACCAAAUACUAGCUCAUCUGAAAAAUAGGUGGCAGAUUUAGGUGUUCUCUGGGUAGUGGUUAAUUAGGAUAUGGUAUAAUUUCAGUCUGUAUUAGUUACAGCCUGUAUAUAUUUUCUACAAAGAAAAGGAUUGAAAUAAAAGCCUUAUUUUCUGAACAAAAA